AUGCUCAUGUUUCAAGAAUUUAUACAUCGAUUGUUUUCUGAUAAAUGUCAAUUAACUUCUCUCGAACUUGAUUUAUCAACUGAUUUUUUUAAUGUUUAUAUUCAUAAAUGUUUUUCAACAAUUACCAAUAAACCUGUUACACAUUGUAUGAGUCUUCGUUAUUUACAUAUUCAUUUAAUUUAUGGUUUUUUAUUUGAACAUAUUAUUGAACAUGUACCCAAUCUUGAAAUUCUCUCAGUUCAAUUCAAAAAUGCUUUACUCUGGAAAAACUCACUUGAUUCAGACACCACAACAUUUAUACCGACAAAUGUUAAUUGGUGUAAUAAGAUACCAAAAUUAAAAUAUUUUUCGUUAAAAAGUGCUAUAAAUAGUCAUUUACAGUUCGAUUAUUUAAAAUGGAUUCUUAAUAAUAUAAAUUAUAUUGAUAAAUUAAAAGUUGAUUUAUAUAUAAAAUAUUUAAUGGACUUUAUUAAUGUUAUUGAUGCAAAUUUUCUUCGUAGAUAUUGUAUACCUGAUAUACUAACCAAUUUAAUAUAUUUUGAUUUUUAUAUUAUAUUUAAAUGUCGAUUAUUAUUUUCAAAUGAUAUUCAAAAAAUAAUUGAUUCUUUUAAAACUGAUGAUUUUUUCUCUGAUCAUGAUUGGACAAAUAUUAAAUGUUUCUUUGAUCCUAUUUUGUCAUGUCAACAUAUAUCAUCAACUACAAUAAUUAAAUCAAAAUUCUUUCAUGGUGUUAUGUAA